UCAACGGCGGCUCAAGCUUCAGUUCGUGUUGAGAGUUUGUCGUGAAUGUACAUCGUUAGCAAAGGCGAUGAGUUUACGCGGCGAUGCUCUAAAACGCGAGUGACACUACUACCGACCGAAAGAAUCACCGCACAUUUAUACGAGUUACGAUUUUUAUUCUUUCGUUCUUCCACAUUUUGUUUUUGGAUUAAAGCUGUGCAUCCAAGUGCCUUACAACAAAAAAAUAUAUAUAUAAACCUGUGUACUUAAUCGUGCUAAAUACCAUGGAUUUACGCAGAUCAAACAUCACCCACGAGAAGAUUUGGGCCAUCAAGAUGAUGAUCAGCAUCUUCCUCCUGGGUUCGCUGAUGGUUGCGUCGUCCUUCGGGAUCGGGUGUCCCACGGGCUGCGAAUGCAACGACGACACGUUCGUGGUCAAGUGCGAGAAGAGCAAGCUGGACGUGCUGCCCAUCACCUUAAAUCCCGCGGUGCAGCGUCUCGUCCUACGGAACAACAAAAUCAAAACGAUCGACGCCGCAUUCCAAUUCUACAGGGACCUCCAAUACGUGGACCUGUCCAACAACCACCUAGUGAACAUCCCCUCGAAGAGUUUCUUGUAUCAGGAGAAACUCCAAGAGCUGCAUCUGAACAACAACAAACUGUCUGCUGUGAACAACGGCACGUUCCAAGGAUUGAAAUCGCUGACGGUGCUGAAUUUGCGCGAGAACUUCCUGCUGGAGCUGCCUCGCGGCUUAUUCUCGAUUCUGCCGAAACUGGAGGAGCUCAAUUUGGGCAGGAACAGGAUCUCUAAAAUCGAUGCUCUUGCCUUUGAUGGUUUGCUGGCUCUGCGUGUGCUGUAUCUGGAUGAUAAUCAGUUGACGUCGGUGCCGACUCCUGCCUUUUCCGUAAUGGGAAGCUUGGCCGAGUUGCACGUGGGUUUGAACGACUUCACCUUUUUGCCGGACGACGUGUUCGCCGGAUUGGGAAAACUCAGUGUUUUGGAUCUGAGUGGAGCCGGUCUUCUUAACAUUAGCGAUGGUGCCUUCAACGGCAUGAACGGAUUACGCACCCUCAAUCUGGGUGACAACAAGCUUAAGAUUGUCCCGACCAAGCAGAUCUCUGUGCUUUCGCGCUUGGAGGAUUUGGCCAUCGGACAGAACGAGUUCGUUGUGUUAGGCGAGAACUCGUUCAAGGGACUGAGCAAUCUCAGGAAACUGGAUGUGACUGGUGCGACGCAUCUGCAAACUAUUAAGAAGGGAGCUUUUAACGCCAACCUGAACAUCGAGAGCAUUGUACUGGCCAGCAACAGAGAGCUUAAGACCAUUGAGGAGGGUGCGCUUGUCGGCUUGCCGAAUCUGCGACAUCUGGUACUGAGGGAGAACGGGUUCACUAGUCUAUCGGAAUCGAUGUUGUCCUGGGGUGAGCUCAGGUCUUUGGAACUGACGGACAAUCCGAUUCACUGCGAUUGUCAAAUGCUCUGGCUCGGAAACUUGCUUGCAGUUAAGAAUUUGACUGUGGUUCAGUGCGCUUCGCCUCUUCCCCUUCGGGAGAAGGUUCUAAGGACUCUGAGCGCUGAUGAGUUGGGAUGUUCGUUUCGCGAUCCUAGACAACAAGCCAUCCUCGUCACCCUCUUCGUAAGUGCCAUCAUUAUACUAGCGGUACUCGGCUGGCUUCUCUUCAGGUACAGGCAGAGAGUCAGGGAAGCCGUCAAGGAGUACAAAUGGAACAAGAGGGCCAUCAGCAGGAAGGAGCACGAGUACCAGAAGACCUUCUCCGACGACGAAUACAUCAUGCGCGCAGGCCAGCAGCACAUCAAACCGAUACCGGUAACGGAAUUGUAGCUAGAACUGAGCGCGCCGCCUUCGGGUGUAUUCUGUGUCGACGGUGGCGAAGGGCGGCGUACGAGGGCACCGCGGGGGGCGGCGGGAACCCUCCCUGUUUCUGGAUUUACUUACAUAACCGGCGACUCCUGCCGGGCCCACUCUCUGCGAGCUUUGAACACCGAAAAUAGGAACGGAUUCCAGCGAUAUCACAGAGAGAUCUAUCAGCACUAGAGACGCCCACUAUAGAGGACCCUAAUGGAUGAAAAUAAAAGAAAUAAACCUAACAACAAACAGAAGGAGAAAUACAGAAGGAGCCCCUCUGACAUCCCAGUGAGAGAAUGGUGGUGGUGUAGUGGUGCGCGUCGCAUGGAGGACAUUAUUUAUUCUCAGCAAUAAAUGAAUCCAUUCCAAAAAAAUGUGAUUUUUUACGAAAUAUAGAGACUGUACAGUAGCCGCUAAGUAAUAUAUUAUAUUUUUCUUGCUGUCUUAUCCGCUCCUCGGGUCAAGGCCGUUCGCAAAUAGUUUGUCACUACUGUCUUUGAACGAGGAGCGAAUUUUAACUAAAUUAAAAAAAAAAUAAGAAUAAUUUUAGACGUUUGAAAAACGUCGCUGAAAAAGAGGAAGAGAAAACGAUACAGAUUGUGAUAUAUAAACAAAUGACUGCAUGUGGUUAUAAAAAAAAUAAUAUGAUUGUAAAAGUUGUUUAUUUCUUAGUUUUAGAAGAAGCUAAAACAAAUUAACUUUCGACUGAUAUCUAGUGUGUUCAUUUGAUCUUCUUGUUUUCUUUGAGUUUGAUUUGAAAGAGAAAAAAAAAAUGUAGUCAUUUCUGGUUAUAUACAUGAAAUCUGAUUCGGGUUCUUCCGGUGCUCUUGGAAAACCGCCGGAAGUCCCAAAACCCAUUUGUACAUAUAAAGAAUAACAACAAUUGAUUUGAGAAAUUUAAAUUGAAAAACAAACAACAAAUACAAGUUAUUAAAAAAAAA